AUAAUAUCAUAAUAACCAUCUUCUUCCUCAUCCCCUAAAUAACCAGGCAAAAAAUGCCAUUGCUAACCCUCACAAACUCCUAAUCCGAUUCUCUCUCUUCGUAAUAAUAAUUCAAGGAUCACCAUGAGCAGUACUUCCGCUUCAUCUCGUAAGGCUUUAAGUAAGAUCGCUUGUAAUCGGCUACAGAAAGAGCUUGUGGAAUGGCAGGUUAAUCCUCCAACUGGGUUCAAGCAUAAGGUUACCGAUAAUCUACAGAGAUGGGUAAUUGAGGUUAAUGGUGCACCUGCUACUUUGUAUUCUGAUGAAGUCUAUCAGCUUCAAGUUGAUUUUCCUGAGCAUUAUCCCAUGGAAGCCCCUCAGGUUAUUUUUAUUCCACCUGCUCCCCUUCAUCCUCAUAUUUAUAGCAAUGGUCAUAUCUGCUUAGAUAUUUUGUACGAUUCAUGGUCCCCAGCCAUGACAGUUAGUUCCAUCUGCAUCAGCAUUCUCUCCAUGUUGUCGAGCUCUACCUCCAAGCAACGACCUGCAGACAACGAUCGCUACGUGAAGAACUGUAGGAAUGGAAGAUCUCCAAAGGAGACAAGGUGGUGGUUUCAUGAUGACAAAGUAUAACUUCAGAGACUCUGGUUUUUCUUUCUUGAAAUCAAUGGAAAGGAAAUUAAAUGAAUUUGAUUUCUAAAUCCCCUCUUUUGUCGUCGUGUCAUCGUCAUCAAUAGUUUGGGUAGGGGAUUUUAUAUUUAAAACAUGCAAAUUUUAUAUAAGGAGGUAAAGUAUCCAGUGUACUUGUAAAGUUUAACAUCAAUAUUGUCUUCAAGAAGUUUAAGGAUAUGUCUGUUUGUGUUCUACUUCACCCUGCCUUCUUGAUUGGAAAUAUUGGAUUUGGAAUGGGGAAGAGUAAGUAACCCUUGUUUAAAGGUUGGCAUUAAACAUAUAAGAGUUCUACAAUAAUAUUAUUAUUAGAAAGUUGUCAUUUUUAGCUUA